CGGGUCGGGGUUACAUGGCGGCGACUGCGGCAAAGCGAGAUCCUCGGAGACGCCGCUGCCGCCAGCACAGCCGGAGACCGGAGCCGACCGUGGGGUCAGUCUGCGGGCCCCGCAGCCCCUCGAUGAGCCGGAGGAGUCCCGUGGUAGCAGAGUAAGAUGGAUGGUAGCUUUGAUUGUGAUUGUGGUGAGCUGGAGCCACCUGAUCACUAACGAGACAUCUUGUGUCAGCCACCAGCCACCAGGGCUUCGUGUUGAAGUUGAAACAGCAACAAAGGAAGAACAGAAGCCAAACGGAACUCGUGCUUACCAGCACCUUCGAACGAUGCUGCUCAGGACCAGUCCAACACUGGAUGCAUCUGCACUGUGAGGAGAAUGUUCAUAGAAGCCUGGCGUGUGCAUAUUUAUUCACAUUUUUGUUAAAUGUUAAAUUGUUUAGCACAGUAAAUCUGAGUGCAUAGUAUGUCAUUUCAUUCCGUUUGAGUUUCUUGAGUGUUUCUUUAAAUGUCUGCAGAGUUGCUGCCCCUUUCUUGAACUAUGAGUACUGCAAUCUUUUUAAGUCUCAAUAUGAAUAGAGAUUUUUGAGCUUUAAAUCUAAGGGGAGCUCAACGGGCCUGGUUGGCAUAUGCAAUGAAUAUCCAGAAAGCAUCUCGCUGUGGAAGCAUAGUUAUUUUUCUUCUCCCUUUUUGAAAGAUCUCUCCUUUUGAUGCCAGUUUUCUUCCUUGUUUACACAAGUUCAACAAUUGGAAAGGAAAAGGCAAUAGUAAGGGUUUCAAAAUGGCCGAGAAAUUUGAAAGUCUCAUGAACAUUCACGGUUUUGAUCUGGGCUCUAGGUAUAUGGACUUAAAACCAUUGGGCUGUGGAGGCAAUGGCUUGGUGUUUUCUGCUGUAGACAAUGACUGUGACAAAAGGGUAGCCGUCAAGAAGAUCGUUCUUACUGAUCCCCAGAGUGUCAAGCAUGCCCUCCGUGAAAUCAAAAUUAUUCGAAGACUUGACCAUGACAACAUUGUGAAAGUGUUUGAAAUUCUUGGUCCCAGUGGAAGCCACUUAGCCGACGACGUGGGCUCCCUCACGGAGCUGAACAGCGUCUACAUCGUUCAGGAGUACAUGGACACGGACUUGGCUCAUGUGCUGGAGCAGGGCCCCCUCCUGGAGGAGCACGCCAGGCUCUUCAUGUACCAGCUGCUGCGCGGGCUCAAGUACAUCCACUCUGCUAACGUACUGCACAGAGAUCUCAAGCCAGCGAAUCUGUUCAUCAAUACCGAAGACUUGGUGCUGAAGAUAGGUGACUUCGGUCUUGCACGGAUCAUGGAUCCUCAUUAUUCCCAUAAGGGUCAUCUUUCUGAAGGGUUGGUUACUAAAUGGUACAGAUCUCCACGUCUCUUACUUUCGCCUAACAAUUAUACUAAAGCCAUCGACAUGUGGGCUGCAGGCUGCAUCUUUGCUGAAAUGCUGACUGGUAAAACCCUCUUUGCAGGUGCACAUGAACUUGAACAGAUGCAGCUGAUUUUAGAAUCUAUUCCUGUUGUCCACGAGGAGGAUCGUCAGGAGCUUCUCAGCGUAAUUCCAGUUUACAUUAGAAACGACAUGACUGAGCCACACAAACCUUUAACUCAGCUGCUUCCGGGAAUUAGCCGAGAAGCACUGGGUUUCCUGGAGCAGAUUCUGACCUUUAGCCCCAUGGACCGGUUGACGGCGGAGGAAGCGCUCUCUCAUCCCUACAUGAGUAUUUAUUCCUUUCCCACGGAUGAGCCCAUUUCAAGCCAUCCUUUUCACAUCGAAGACGAAGUGGAUGAUAUAUUGCUUAUGGAUGAAACUCACAGUCACAUUUAUAACUGGGAAAGGUACCAUGAGUGUCAGUUCUCUGAGCAUGACUGGCCUAUCCAUAACAAUUUUGAUAUUGACGAAGUUCAGCUGGACCCCCGAGCCCUGUCUGACGUCACUGAGGAGGAAGAGGUGCAGGUGGACCCCCGGAAAUACCUGGAUGGAGACCGAGAGAAGUACCUGGAGGACCCUGCUUUCGACACCAACUACUCGGCGGAGCCCUGCUGGCAGUACCCGGACCACCAUGAGAACAAGUACUGCGACCUAGAGUGCAGCCACACCUGCAACUACAAAACGAGGUCGCCAUCGUACCUCGACAGCCUGGUGUGGAGGGAGAGCGAGGUGAACCAUUACUACGAGCCCAAGCUCAUCAUCGACCUCUCCAACUGGAAGGAGCAGAGCAAGGACAAGUCGGAUAAGCGGGGCAAGUCCAAGUGCGAGCGGAACGGCCUGGUGAAGGCCCAGAUCGCGCUGGAGGAGGCCUCGCAGCAGUGGGCUGAGAAGGAGAGGGAGAAGAAGCAGGGCUUCGAUUUCGAUUCCUUCAUCGCGGGCACCAUCCAGCUGAGCUCGCAGCACGAGCCCGCUCACGUCGUCGAUAAGCUGAACGACCUGAACAGCUCGGUGUCCCAGCUGGAGUUGAAGAGUCUGAUCGCCAAGUCGGUGAGCCAGGAGAAGCAGGAGAAGGGGAUGGCGAACCUGGCGCAGCUCGGGGCCUGGUACCAGGCGUCGUGGGACGGGCAGCUUGUGGGCGGCGGGGAGGAGUGCCUCCUCAUCAGCCAGUUCUGCUGCGAGGUGAGGAAAGACGAGCAGGUGGAGAAGGAGAACGCGCCCACCACCUACCUGGACAGGUUCUUCAGCAGGAAGGACGAGGCCGAGGCCCCCGACGCGGAGCCGGAGGACGAGGGCCGCCCCGGCCCCGGCCCCGGCCCCGGCGGGGAGCGCCUCUUCAACAAGCAGCUCGAGUCCAUGGGCAUCCCCCAGUUCCCCAGCCCCGUGGGGUCCCCACUCAAGUCAGUGCAGGCCACCCUAACACCCUCCACCCUGCGGGCCUCCCCUCAGAUCCCCCACAAAACAUACAGCAGCAUUCUGAAACACCUGAACUAGAACACUCGGCAGACAUUUCUCUUCGUAUUUUUCAUGAAAUGUGUUUUGUCUUUUUUAUUACUAGUGUUUAAGUCAUUUUUUUUACUUGAAUCAAAAGAUAUCAUUUAGUAAGGAAUUAAUUUGUUCUUGGUUUUUAAAACCCAGUCCUUUUUUUCUCUCCCCGUGAGAGUUUUCAUUGUAACUGGCAUGUCGUUUGCACACACAGACUAGAGCGAGCUAAUGCAAUGCGGGGGAGACGCGCGUGCUGCCCCUCGCCUUCUCCCCCACGACACGGAGCUGAUUUACAGGAAACAAAAACCUUGCCUUGAAAUUUACACAGUGAGACUGUACAUUCUUGCAUGAAAAUGCCUAUUUUUUUCCGAAAACAUUUUUUCAUUCAUUAGUAUUUUCCAGUUUUUCAUACUGUACACAUUUCUUAAGACACAUGAUACCAGCAGCCACCGAGAGGGGGUGCGGAGUUUGGUACGCAUGUGCGAUCUACCUCAAGGUAACAAGCGAGCAGAGCAGUUCCACCGCGCCCGGCGGGCGCCCUCCGUAGCAGCGUCCACGCCAUCGUCUCAAGUCUUCUGGGGUUCCUAGUGCAUCACAUCUUAUUUAUUUUAGCAAAUCAGUCUAUUUUCCGUAUUUAAUUAUAGAAAUUAGCUAGUUUAAAAGCCUUUCUUUGCAACUCCACUUUGUCCGCGCGGCACUCUGGUUUGUUGCCUGCCUAGCUGACGUCAGCACGUCACCCACUACAGCGUGUUCAUUUUAAGUAAGGACUCACUGUGUAUAGGAAUUUGUAUUUUGGAGGUGCUUGAUCUAUCUACAAAGAAAAUUUAGGAAUUACUUUAUUAUAAAAUGCUCCUAGAAGUCUUACUUGUGUUUAUUUUUUGAAGCCUGUAACGUUAGACUUGUGCAUGGAAGUAAUUAAGGUACAUCAUUAUCGUAGUUCCGCGCUGUACACGGCAGACAUUCGUUGUUUUCGCUGAAUGAGCUCUUCCUCCCCACGGCAAGCAUGGAUAAACUAGGUUAAACGUAGCAUGGGACAGCGCAGGCUUAGAGUUGGUUCCAUCGAUUUUAUUUUGCUGAAUACUGUCUGUAUCUUUGGUUAUCCUGUUUGAAGAAAAAGGACAAAUAAAACAUGGCCAGCA